GACCUCUAGCGUGAUCUGAUCUGCCGGCCCCACAUCACUUUACGCGGGUCGCGUCUGGCGUGUGAACGCGUCGUGUGUCUGGCGCAGCAUUCAUCUCCAGAACAUAAUGGCUGCAGAACAGAGACUGCGCAGCCGGCAGGCUCAUGCCCCCGGCGCAACCUUCCUCGCCUACACACCGAACGGAAAGAAACUCAUAACAGCCGGAGUCGACAACUAUUGUCGUGUCUUUACAACUGGGUCUGAUGACGAGCCCAUAACCGUAGAUGACUGUCAAGAGAACAAUGCGGCGGUUGUGGCUGGAAAUGGCUUCUUCAUCACAGGCUCAGAGGACGGCACAGUGAGCAAGUACUCACUGGAAGGUAACAAGUUCGAGGAAAUACUCGUCAGGACGACAUUGCCUGUGCGAGAUGUGGCGUUGAGCCCCGACGGGAAUUGGAUCGCUGUCGCGAGCGAUGAGCUCUCAGUAAAUCUCGUCAACACCAAAGACAUGACUAAGGUCCGAACCCUACGCGAUCAGCCACGUGCCGUCAAGCACGUCUCGUUUGACAAGAAGGGCGAGCAUCUGGCCGUUUCUUGCACCGACGGCAACAUAUACGUGUAUGACCUCGAUAGUGACACGCCUGAGAUGAUAAAGAAAGUAGAUGGCAUGAUCAAAAGCUUGGAGACAGAAUCCGAGUCGAGCGCAAAAGUACUGUGGCAUCCGGAUGGCAGGGCAUUGGCUACGCCUACUGCACUUCGCGAUGUGCAGGUUAUGUCCACAAGCGAUUGGGCACGGCAGCGCGUUUUUAAGACUGGGCAUACAGCAGACAUAACGGCGGCAUCUUGGUCCCCCAAUGGUGCUCUUUUAGCCACAACCUCGCACGAUCUCGAUCUCAAGCUGUGGGACACCAAGACACAAAAACUGUUGAAGAACUUCGAGGAUGUCAAGGCGACGAUUCUGGCUAUGGUCUGGCAUCCCACCGAGAACAUACUUUCGUACACCAACAAUGAGGGCGAGCUAUUCAUCCACACGGACUUCGUACCAGAGGAGCAUCUGCCACUACUCAACAAACCAACCGUAUCCGCACCUUUCUUCCAUGACCCCUCAGAAGGCCGCGCGAGGAUUGCACCCGCGCCUCAAGCAAACGGGAAUAUGCGAGAACUGCCUGGGCGACCACGACAGAGAGACGGCACACCAGACUCCUUGGACGACCUUCUCGGUCCUGACUUCAGAGACAGCGAGGCCCGAGAAGAUGGCGACGAGGAUAUGGAAGACUUUGUCGUUGACGAUGAUGGUGCGGGAUACGCGCAAGAAGUCAAUGGCCAUGGGAAACGCACCAAUAGCCACCUCAACGGUGCUGAGCCCUCGACCAAGAAGCGUGCUACUGGUAGUGCACUGUUCCGACCACAGAUCCACGAGCCUUUCCAACCAGGCAGUACGCCAUGGAGAGGCAACAGGCGACUGCUAUGCUGUUCCUUGACUGGUAACGUCGAGACUGUAUCUCAGGAGGGUAGACACCACACUGUGACCGUCAACUUCUACGACCAACACACUUUCCGCAACUUCCAUUUCACAGACAUCUUUCUCUACGACAAAGCCUGCCUGAACGAGAAUGGAACACUAUUUGCCUGUCAACCCAACAGUGCUGGUGACGGGAACCCAGCAAUGAUCUACUACCGCCCGCACGAAACCUGGACAACACGAACAGACUGGCGCACCAACCUGCCCACCGGCGAGUCCGUGACUGCAAUCGCCCUGUCUGACUCGUACGUUUGCGUGACAACAAGCACAAACUACGUCCGUAUCUACUCGCUCUUCGGCCUGCCCAUCCGUGUAUAUCGCCAAAAGUCUUCGCCAGCCGUGACCUGCGCCGCAUGGCGCGACUACAUCCUAACCAUCGGUAACGGCCCCAUCCAAUCCGACCUAUCCACCCAGCUCCUCUACACAAUCGAAAACGUGAAACACGACACCAUCUACCAGGACUCCGACAUCCUCGCACUCCCACCAAACACCACGCUCGACUCCGUGUUCUUCUCCGCAUCAGGCGAUCCGUACAUCUACGACUCCUCAGGCGUGCUGCUCACGCUGCUCAACUGGCGUGUAAAUGGCCAAGCGCGCUGGGUUCCAAUGCUCGACACAAAAUGCCUCUCGCGUCUCGCAACCGGCGGCAAGGAAGAAUCCUACUGGCCGGUUGGCGUCGCGCCCUCGUCCGCCGGCGUGCUCAAGUUCCACUGCAUGAUCAUCAAGGGCCGCGAAAAGUACCCGUCGGCGCCGGUGCCGCACCUGAGCGAGUUCGCGUUCGAGAUUCCGCUGAGCAGCGCCGUGGACCGCAAGAAGGCGCUUUCGGGACUCGACGCUGAGGAGCUGAGUGAUGAUGAGGAGGGUUCCGCGGCUGCGAAGAAGGGAGAAAGUAAGCAGCAGGAGCACGAGCAGGCGUUUAUUCUCUCGUCGACGCUGCAUGCGCAGCUCUCGUCGACUCUGUCGCACACCCGGCCUUCGGCGAGCCAGAAGCAGGACCUUACAAAUAUCGAAGUGGCAAUUGAUCGCGCAUUGCUGCAGCUGCUAGGCCUAGAGUGCCUGGCAGGCGAGGAUCAUGGCAUGAAAGCUCUGGAGAUUGUAAGCUUGAUGCGCGAUGCGAAUGGCAAGAUGCUAGACCUUGCUGGCAAGGUAGCGAGCCGAUAUGGGAGGGAUGUUCUUGGGGAGAAGAUCAGAGAACUUGCAGAGAAAAGAGCUGCUAGCGGAGGGGACAAUGAAGAAUACGAGUAUGCUUGAGAGUCCUUUCCCAGCAUAAUAUGUCUCUGGUUAGCGUCACUUGAGCGAGU